AUGGGAAAUAAUACUUCUCAUAGCUCAGUUAAAAGACCACUCACUGGAUCACUUGAUAGUAAUCCAGAAAGAUUAUUUAAUUCACCCUUUGUUAGGAUACAAUCUUCUUAUGAACUAAAUAAAUAUUCUUCUUCCUUUUAUAAAGCAGAAUCAAGUGAUGAAGAUAGUACACUUGAAAUACCAGAAGAAAUUACUUCUUCUAAACCUAUGGAUAUUAAACCUAGAGUAUCUUUUGGUGAUAAACUUGUUCGUGUUGCCUCUAGUCCAAUAAAAAGAUUAAAAUCAUUUGCAACACCAAGAAGUGCUAGAAGGCACAAUGAAAUUAGAGAAGAAACAAAAAUUAUAGAAGAAGAAGAACCAAUAAAUGGUACACUUAAUUUCCUUCUGUUUAAACUUGGAAGAGAAUCUUUUCACAUUCUUUAUGACUCUAAACAACAUGGAUUUGAUCCAAGAGAAUUACGUUCAAGAAUUGUUUACAAAGAAAAAUUGAUCUUUGUUUUUAAAACAGAAAAUGGUUUCAUUGGGUUUUACCAAAGUGAUGCCAUUAUUCCAUCCUCUUCAAAAAAUCCUAUUCAUGCAGAAUCAAAUGAUUUUUUCAUUUUUGCUAUUGAAAACAAAAUUAAUGAAUCUAAAAUCUUUGAAAGAAAAACUCAAGAAAAGAAAAGUGUUUCUUUAUUCACAGAAGAAAAUCCAACUUUAAUCAACUGUUAUUCUGCUUUCUGGAUGGAUACAAACGGAAUGAUAUCUUUCAAUUUUUGUGCAAAAAAUCUUUAUAACUUUGAUCAAGGCUUUGUAAAUCCAUUUAAAGGAGAGUCAUUACAAAGUAAAGCUGAGUGCUCAAGAUUUUUGGUAUUGAGUUGUUUAUAA